AUGCUAUAUAGCCCCGUUAAAUUCCGGUCAACGGUCGUCAAGCCUUAUAACCACGACUUUGAUAAUCCCGCUGCCGAUGAUGCCGAAGAUAUCGUCUAUGCCGAAGGCCCGGCCCGCCCCGGCCGGCUAGAAGUCAGGAUACCGGCUCCGGCUGCAGCCGUACCUCCAGCCGCGAUAAUACCUGCAGCCGAGACAUUAUCGACACCUGCAGCCGUAAUAUAUCCGUCACUAGCUACUGGCUCUGAUUAA